AUAAUAUAUAUAAAAUAAUUAUUAACUGACUACAGAAAAGCACAAUCUAGUCUUGAUACAUCUCAAGCACUUGAAUGCACCCUCCACAGUGACACUUUAUGACUUCCGAAAUUGGUAAUGGACGACGAGGAGGCACUUGAACGCAGCAUCUCGACCUGACCCAAGAAGCGCGCUCCCGGCUGUACGUGGUUACUCCCCCUCUACGGUGUACGUGCGCGCACCCCUGUAUCGCGUGGUGGGGAUCAUCCAUAUUGCUGCUAGUGGUGGAGUUAAGGUUGUAAUCCUGAGAGGCCCUCGGACACGUUUCUUUAUUUUUAUACAUGUUUUAAGUCGGCGCUGACUGCUCUGCGUCUUAGACUGAAGCUCUUCUGGUCUAGGAGCGACAGAGGAGCGGCAGACUCCGCGGAACAACUUCACAUUUUCUUGAAAUUGAGGGCGAAUUCGGGCCGGGGGGAGGACUGGUAAUCCUGAGGGGGGAAGAAAGACGGCGGUGGGAAAUGGCCACUCAGGUGGAGACUCUCCUGCCCGGCAACCCGCUCGCCAAAGCGGAGGAGCACGGUAAAGUCAUCCGCGGUGAGCCGGAGGAACAGGAGGGCAGCCGGGGCGACGGGGCCAAGCGGCAGACGGGUGUCGCCGACCAGGGGAGCAGCAGCGGCGGCAGCAGCCCCGGGCAGGGAGGGACCCCCGGUACGGAGGAGCGGACCUCCAAAGAGGCGACAGACGGGAGCAAAGGGGGUAGUGACGGCGAGGACAAGCCCAACGAGGAAGGUGUUAAAGGCUGCAACAGAAAGGAGUUUACUGAAGCUCCCCCGCCCAAGGUGAACCCGUGGACUAGGAAAAUGAAUGCGGUGACCGUGGUCAGCGUGAAUGGACAAGCACACCACGAGUCUACCGGCCCCGCCAAGGUGGUGAGAGCAGGGAACCCCCCCAAGGCCAGACGUGGAGGAAAGGUUGGAGACUUUGGCGACGCCAACAGCUGGCCGACCCCAGGCGAGAUUGCUACUAAAGACAUGCAGAUGGAGGCAGUGACACGGACCGUGUCCUGCCCGCCGACUGUCAGGCAGGUCAGAGACUCAUGGAGAUUCACUGGCCCUAAGAAGACAACAACAAUGACCAAGAAGGAGUCGAAGGAGAAGAGGGAGAUCAUCGAGGAGAGCAAGGAGAACCUGAAGGCCAAGUCGGACGACUCCGGAGAGGAGAAGAAUGGUGACGACGACUCCCAGAAGAACGGGCCGAGGAAAAAAGGAAAUAAGCAGAAGUGGGUCCCCCUGAUGAUUGAGGUGAAGUCCGAGGGUCCGAGGGAGCGCUCGGCCUCCAGGAACAACAGCAGACAGAACGAAAACCCCCGCCUGCCUCCCAACGCCAGGAACGACCUCAGAGACUGGCACAGUCAAAAGUACGAGCGUGAGUGGCGCGACGACCACGACGAGGUGUCCAGUGUGAAGAGCGAGGGAGCGCCGUUCCGCGGAGGGUUCAGAGGUCGCGGACGCGGGAGAGGAAGAGGUCGGGGACGAGGCAGAGGUGGUGCAAGAGGCCAAUACGACUACAACUAUGGCUACAAGUCCUACGAUAUGAAAGACGGCCCGUACGGACAGAAGUUUGGCAACACGGUGACCUACUACUAUGACAACAUGAGUAGCAACGACCUUUUCUCCGUCGAUCAGGACCUGCUGAAGGACUACAUCAAGAGGCAGAUUGAGUACUACUUCAGUCUGGACAACCUGGAGCGGGACUUCUUCCUGCGGAGGAAGAUGGAUCAGGAGGGCUUCUUGCCCGUCGGACUCGUCGCCAGUUUCCACAGAGUGCAGGCCCUCACCACCGACGUCAACCUCAUUCUGGAAGCUUUGAAGGACAGUAAGGAAGUGGAAGUGAUUGACAUGAAGAUCCGUCGUAAGGUGGACCCAGAGAAGUGGCCCCUGCCGGGCCUGAACAUGCCGAACCAGACCCACACCGACUUCUCUCAACUCAUCAACUGCCCCGAGUUUGUCCCGAGACAGCUGACCGAGGAGCCCAGAGGGUCUCCCAGAGCCUCCACACCAGUAAAGCAUAAGACCAAGACUGAUUCAGACAUCUCCAACCUCAAGACGAUGCCCAAGGGCCUCUCUGCCAGCCUCCCCGACCUGGACUCAGAGUCCUGGAUCGAGGUCAAGAAGAGACCCAGACCCUCUCCGGCCAGACCAAAGGUCAGCACAGAGAAGGCCCCAUCGUUGGAGCAGCGGAAGGAAAAGGACGACUUGGUUCGCUCCCCGCUGCCGCUGCCUGGCUCCUCGCCCUCCCCUGCGACCUCAGGAAAUAAGGAGGGAGCGGAGCAAGACGAACCUGAGGAGCUCGACUUCAUGUUCGACGAGGAGAUGGAGCAGAUGGACGGGCGGCGUAACACCUUCACCGACUGGUCGGACGAAGAAACAGACGGUGAGAUCGAUGACCAGGACGUCAACAAGAUCUUGAUUGUGACGCAGACGCCGCCGUACCUGAGGAAGCACCCGGGCGGCGACCGCACGGGACACCACACGUCGCGCGCCAAGCUGUCCAGCGAGCUGGUCAAGGUGAUCAACGACGGACUCUUCUACUACGAGCAGGACCUGUGGGACGACACGUACGAGCCCGAGUACGCCACCAUCAAGCAAGAGGUGGAGAACUUCAAGAAGGUCCACCUGAUCAGCCGCGAACAGUUCGACUGCCUGACACCUGAACCCCCCGUCGACCCCAACCAGGAAGUCCCUCCAGGACCCCCAAAACCCCAGCAGAUCCCCACAGACGCUCUGGCGAACAAGCUGUUCGGUGCCCCUGAACCCUCCUCAAUAGCUCGCUCGCUCCCCACUACCGUGCCUGACUCGCCCAACUACCGCAGUGCCCGGACGCCCCGCACGCCUCGCACGCCUCACAGGAAGGACCAGACCAUGACGCCGCGCUUCUACCCAGUGGUGAAGGAAAGUCGACCCGUAGAUGCCAAGACGCCCAGGAAGAGGAAGACCCGACACAGCUCCAACCCGCCCAUGGAGUGUCACGUGGGCUGGGUGAUGGACUCCAGAGAGCAUCGCUCCCGUACUGCUUCCGUCAGCUCUAACGCCAGUCCGUCAGAGGGCACCCCUGUCCUGGGUAACAUCGGCUGCACGCCUCAGUCCCUCCCCAAGUUCCAGCACCCAUCACACGAGCUGCUCAAGGAGAACGGCUUCACGCAACAUGUUUACCACAAGUACCGCAGGCGCUGCCUCAAUGAGCGGAAGCGGCUGGGAAUCGGCCAAUCCCAGGAGAUGAACACACUGUUCCGCUUCUGGUCGUUUUUCCUGCGAGAUCACUUCAACAGGAAGAUGUACGAGGAGUUCAGACAGCUGGUGGUCGAGGACGGGAAGGAAGGAUACAGGUAUGGUUUAGAGUGCCUGUUCAGGUACUACAGCUACGGUCUGGAGAGGAAGUUCAGGCCAGACAUCUUCAAGGACUUCCAGGAGGAGACCAUGAAAGACUACGAAGCUGGCCAGCUUUACGGACUGGAGAAGUUCUGGGCCUUCCUCAAAUACUCCAAAGCCAAGACCCUGGAGAUCGACCCCAAGCUGCAGGAGUGCCUGAGCAAGUUCAAACGUCUGGAGGACUUCAGAAUCGAUCCGCCUAUGGAGGAAGGACGCCGCAGAAGACACUCGUCCAGCGGGGACGGUCGCCGCCGGCACCCAUCUCAGCCCUCCAGUCGGCCCCACAGCCAGGCGAGCUCCGGCCCCAGCCCCGCCCCCGCCGCCCAGGGCCUCGCAGCCAAGGAUGAUGCCAAACCCACCAGCCAGAGAGCCCCCGCCGCUGACCCCGCACCAGAUGCCAAGACACUGAAAUAACUCAACCAACGCGCCGGCCAACACGGAUCAACUCAACCACGUCUGCAAGUCGCUGGUUCUCUCUGCGCCACAGGAGGGGGGAGGGGGGCGUCCAGCUCGUCAUUCAAGCAUGAGAAUAAUAUUUUUUUUUCCCCCCCAAAGACAAAUUUUUGAUUGAGAAAUAAGGAAGACAAUUAGGACGGCUUAUCAAUUAGUUUUACCUUUUUUUGAGGAAAAAACAUGAUUUUUCUUUUUUGUUUGUCUUAAUGAGGCAAGAAACUGAUGAGGUGUCAAACACUUUUUUUCUUUAACAAAUCAUUUCCAGUCCACACGGUGGAUGGAUUAGUGAUGAUUUACUAACCUGGAAAUGUUUUUUUUUUUUUUUUUACAUUUCAUGUCGACCCCCCUCUCUGUCACUGGGACCCCUCUUUGAUCGUCACUGUCCUGCUGGCUGAAAGAUAUUUGAUUCCUCGCCCAGAUCUCAGAUUCAUGAUUAUUAUUUCUUCGGCAUGUGGUGAGAUUGCAGACUUGGAAAUAGUUUGAAAAACACUGAGUAUCUGAAAGAGGAGGCCGUGCUGCUCCCGACAUCCAACCGGACCAAAGUGGUUUGAACCGAGCGACUGACACUUCCAUCCGCAGAGUCCCCAGUGCUCUCAGUCAAAAUAUUUGAUUUACUUCACGGCUGGACAUCGAGGGGAAAAUAUCAAAGAACCAAAUGAUAAAAAAUAGAGGAAAAAAAAGACUUGUACGAAUCCCUCAGUGUGGACACGAUCAUUGAAAGUUGCCUUAUUUUAAUGGUUUUACUGCUUCUAACUUGUGCCCGCCACCUUAUUGUCGAUUGUACAGCAUUGAAUUCACCCAUAUAUCCGGUCACCGCUUCCAGCAGAGGCCACAAGGAGGCGCUCUGUCUGCCAAACUGUCCCCCCUUCACUCCCCUCCGUCACCUUUUCUGAACUGUCUUCCAAGUGUCACUCGGUCUGUUACAAGUCCUGUAAUUCUUCCUUGUGUUUGCAAGUUGUGGCUUUUUGUGCUGAAACACGUCAACCUGGUGGAAGGUUCUCCUCCUCCUCCUCCUCCUCCUCCUCUUCCUCCAAAAAAAAAAAAAAAAUCAACAUAUAAACACUUACGCAGGGUGGAGAGUUGGGAAGGGAGACGAUCUUGCUCUGGGUGCUUCCUGACUUUCUCUCCCCCUCCCUCGCGCCGCAUCCAUCCGUUCAUCCAUCCGUUUCGACAUCCAUCCAUCAGUUGACGACAGCGACGAUCAGGACUGGAAUCAUCAAAUCUGGAUUACUUGAAGAAGAAGCGAUGGUUACGAGGAGGGCCGUCGUGCUCUGUCGCAGGUGCUCUGGGUGGAGAUGAGGCUCAGACAUUUUGGACUUCACCGCUACACUGAAGUCCGCUCGGCCUCGGGCGCUCGCCACCUCUUCCCGUUUCACACACAGACACACACACACACACACAUCAGUCACAGGCACGGACACUGACGCAGGUACAGAUGUAGCGGCAUGAACAAGCUGAAAGAAACACAACAAAAAACACACUCAAAGCUCCAAGUCUUGCCUCGCUGUGGAGAAAAGUUCUAUUCAGUCAUCACACUUCCUACAGACAACAGUGUCGAGUACUGAUGAUAUCAGAUAGUGAUUCUUUUUCCUCCACUAAUGUAAAUGUGAAUUUGACAGAUGAAGAGAAGUGAUUGCAGCUCCCUGCUACUUGUUUUGUUUAUAGAACAGAUGAUAUAUUUGCCUUACAUGUGUAUGUACUCUUUUUUUUUUUUUUUUUUUUAAUGUUCUCAUGAUUAUCUUUUAAUGCUUUUUAAUUUUUUGCAGUGUUUCUAGUGUUGUCGUCGUUGUUAUGAUGGAGGUUUGUGUCAGGCUGUUUAAAAAAAAAAAACAUCUGGAUUUACAGAAAACGGGGACAGGAUUCACAACACAAAAGGGAAAGUUGGUAUCAGGUAUUCAGUGUGAGGACUAAAUCUGUUAAGCUCAGAUUUCAUGUUGAAAUCAGUUAAUUUGCUCUUUAUUUCUUUUAUGAAGAUGUUUUUUUGCCAAGAUGACAAAGCAGCUUUUGUUAACAUGAUUGACUCGGAUCGAUUGUUAAAUCUUCAGCCUCUCUCGAUAAACACCGCCUGCAAAGUCUGAGAAAUGCAGAGAAAUGAUUUGAUUUCCGAAGUUCCUAAAAAAUCUGGAAAAAAGUCUUAAUACACGUGUAGAUAUCCAGAUGUUUAAUGAAAUGACCCUCUUUCCGUUAUCAUACUGCAGUGUUUGUUUUUGGUCCUGAGGAAUGAAUCAAAGAGAAAAAGCCUGACAAAUUCUCUAUAAAACUGUUACGUCUGUAUUUUUUUGUUCUGAGGAGGCGGAUUUCACAUUGUCCUGUCAGUGUUUCUCUUCUUUCAGUUUUCUUCCUCUAAAAAUCCACAAUUUUUGGAAAACAUGAAAAUGCAAAGCAAAGCUGUACUUGUUUUUUUUUUUAUUAUUUUAUUUUAUUUCCUGUUUUGUUGGUUUAUCUUCAGGGAGAUUCGGAUCAGAGGCUUCACAGUUGAUGCAUCAAAGUGUUUACUGGAGGUUUAAAGAUGGAAAAAUAAGAGCUACAAAGUAUUCAGACAAGAAGGAAAAAAAAACAAAAAAAAACUUGCAUUUCCCAAAAACCAGCGAAGCCUUUGAUCGGGGAGAGCUGGUGUGUGUGGCUGCAGACAUGACGGACUGCCACUAGGGGGCCUUCUACCUGGGGACAGUCUCAGUGAUCCCUCCCCUCUAAUGUGAUCAUCACCUGUCACCGGACAUUUGGGUGGAUUUCAGGUGUUUUGGGAGUUUUCAGCCUUGGAGCUGCUGCUAGCUGUCCAAACAAACUGUAGGGGGCGCCGCAGCCUCCGCUCGUCAGUUUUACUCGGACUGGGCCAGCUGUGGCCGGACACUGCAGAGAUGAGUGAUGGACGUGGGGAUGGAGGAAGGAGCAGGAGAGAGAGAGAGGAGAGUAAAGAUCCCAGCUGGGGUUUGUGAUGUCGCUCAGAGGAUUAUGGCUGGUUAUGAUGUCUGGAGACUGAAUUUAAAAAAAGAAAAAAAAAA